CAUACGAUUAUACUGUUCUUUGGUCAGACCAUUGUCCCGUAUGCAAUAACAACAUUAUUAUUUUCGCCAGUUCGCUUGCAUAUUAUUUUUCUAUAUAAGAUUGAGUUAAACAUAGAAUUGUGCUUAGUUGUCCUUCAAAUGAAUUGGAUGGUACCUGGAGAGUACUCCAUAAAUAAAAACUUAAAACCUCCAUUCACAUUAACCAUCGAAAUAAAGUAAAAAUUUGAGCAGUGUAUUAACCAUUAUCAAUUUACACUUAUUUUUAAAAAUGAGUGACAAUCAAUCGAUGAAUCUGAGGAGUAAUCUAUUUAUGAUUGGAAAAAGGAUGAGUUCUCUCAAUAAAAAAAAAUUACCAACGAAUAAACAGGUUUUGCAACUCUUAUAUCAUCACUCAAGAAAUCUCAAAAAAUCAAUCGAUGACAGCGUUGUAAGUGUUAUAAGUGAAGUUAGAGAGAUUUGGAAUAUAGCGGAGAUUCCAACGCAAAUUAUUUCACGUUGUAAAUUAAAAUUGAAAACUCUCCAUAAAGAGUACAGGAAUGCUCAAAAACACGUCCACCGACCUAAAGAAACCAAAGAGAAAAAUUUUUCCAGUACACUCAACCAAUUAUUUGAUAUAGCUCAUGGUAACGUUUUUGAAUUAAUUGGUGAGGAAAAGAAACAAUUUUUGAUUGAUCAACGAUCUCAACGGAUUUUUCAUCUCACAGCCGCAAAAAUUAAUGAAACAACAAAUGAAAUUGCUGAGGUUCUUUUAUCACCUGAAAAUAACAAUCAAGUUGGUGAUGAAAACAAAGUUGUAACUCAAGCUGACACUUUUACGACAGAUCCUAUUUCAAAAAGUGGAAAUGAUCAGACAUCUGAUAUCGAUGCACUGUGCUCGUCAGGAACUCCGGAUUUCAUGAAAUCCAGUGGCGAAACUGUGAGCAACUCACAGUCAACAUUAGUGUCAGAGUUUGAGGGAACUGGAAGAUAUUACAAGCCAAAAAAUAUCCGAGGAACUACCAGUAUUUUUACUGAUGAUGUUGUUGCUGCCUUUGACAGCUGUAAAAUUUCUUAUCGAGGAUCGGUUCGACUUGUUUCAGCUUUGGCACCAGCUCUAGGAUUGAAUCCUCAUGUUCUUAUCUUGAAUAAAAGUUCUUAUCAUGGGUUACGGUCAAAAAUUAGAAAAAAAAUGGCUGAAAAUAUUAAAAUUUUGUUUGGUGAAAGUGUAGUUGAUAGUGGAAUGAUUCAUUACCUCGUGCUCUAG